GCUCUGAUCACAGUCGCCGCCUUGCUUAUUCGGCUCGCCAAGCUUCGAGAAUCUCGACUAUGUGAUGUGGCUCUAGUAGCCAAGGGAACUCGAAUUAACGCUCACAAAGUCGCACUCGCUGCAUGUUCAAACUAUUUUGAAGCCAUGUUCACAAGCGACAUGGCUGAGAGUCGUAUGGAAGAAAUAGAGAUAGUGGACAUGGAAACUUCAACGUUGGAAACUCUCGUUGAUUACUGCUAUUCUGGUAAGAUAGUGAUCAGUGACGCCAACGUCUCUAGUAUUCUGCCCGCUGCAUGCCUACUUCAGCUGGACGAAGUUCAGGCGGGUUCA